CUUACUCACUACUUUCUCUGAAGCAAGCAAAUCGGUGAAUGAUUCAGUUCAUCAAUGGCGAAUCAUUCUACUGUAUCAAAUCUCUUCAUCUUGCUCUUGAACUUGAGCUCAUUGCUCACUGCUUUUGCUUGCCCAUAUUGCCCUUACCCUUCUCCAAAAUACCACCCUCCUAAAGUAGUCAGGAAGCCUCCUGUUCAUCGUCCUCCUCCUCGUGGUGGAAGCCCUAAUAAUAAGCCUUGUCCACCACCGUCUUCUUCCCCUAAACCUCCUCAUCACGGCAAGCCGCCCGUCGUUAAACCGCCGUACGGUCCAAAACCACCGCAUCAUCAGGUCCCAAAACCUCCCCAUCAUCAUUACGUUCCAAAACCUCCUCAUCAUUCUUCACCGCCGUAUGUACCAAGACCACCGGUUGUGAAGCCGCCACAUGUCCCAAAACCACCUGUUUACCCACCUUAUGUCCCAAAGCCACCGGUUGUGAAGCCACCAAAUGUCCCAAAACCACCUGUUUACCCACCUUAUGUCCCAAAACCACCUGUUUCCCCACCUUAUGUCCCAAAGCCACCGGUUGUGAAGCCACCAAAUGUCCCAAAACCACCUGUUUACCCACCUUACGUCCCAAAGCCACCGGUUGUGAACCCACCAAAUGUCCCAAAACCACCUGUUUCCCCACCUUAUGUCCCAAAGCCACCGGUUGUGAACCCACCAAAUGUCCCAAAACCACCUGUUUCCCCACCUUAUGUCCCAAAGCCACCGGUUGUGAACCCACCAAAUGUCCCAAAACCACCUGCUUCCCCACCUUAUGUUCCAAAGCCACCAUACGUACCUCACCCACCAGUUGUGAAGCCGCCUUCGCCGCCACCAUAUGUGCCUAACCCGCCGGUUGUGACGCCACCUGUGAAACCACCACCGUAUGUACCUCCGAUCGUGACACCACCUACACCACCGGUAGUAAUAAAUCCCCCACCUAUAGUUACACCUCCAUCUCCGCCAUCUCAAACACCAUGUCCACCACCACCACCAUCAUACGUGCCGCCAUCACCGCCAGCGCAACCCACUUGUCCUAUCGACAGUUUGAAGCUAGGGGCGUGCGUGGAUGUGCUUGGAGGUUUGAUCCACAUCGGAAUUGGAGAGAACGCUAAACAAGCAUGUUGCCCUGUGCUUGGAGGGCUUCUGGACCUAGACGCCGCCGUGUGCCUCUGCACCACCAUUAGGUUGAAGCUUCUUAAUAUCAAUAUCGUCCUUCCCAUCGCUCUUCAGAUCCUCAUUGAUUGUGGCAAGGUUCCUCCACAAGGGUUUCAGUGUUUGCCCAACUAGUUAACAAUGGAUUGGAUCGCUUUCACAUCAAAUAAUCGAUCGAUUUGUCUGAGAGAUAGUUGGUGAUUGAAGAAACGGACUAGUGUUUUUAUUUUUGGUUAUUUAAGACGUACAUCAAAUCGAUGUGCAGGAGAAAAAAAGUGUACUUCGUAUGAAUGAAACAUUUGCUUGCGUUUGUCGUAGAAUGUUAUUUUACUACUGCUCAUAAAAAAUCCCGGUUCAAUGAAUUGUGAGAAUCAUAUAAAGAUUCUUUUUAUAUAAAGAUGUUUGUCUUUUAGCU